CCCCUAAAAAUCCUGCUUCUUCCCUACAGCUUUGCUCUGUCACAUCAAAGUGGUUUGAAACAGCAAGCAGUUCAUAAUUCAAGAGAAUCCUGGGAAUAUCAGAUUGUUGUCAAAAUGAGUGAAACACCUUCAACCAGCUACUCAGUGACUCAGCCUCACACUUCAGAGAGUGAACAAUCUUUGUCUGCACGGCCCUUCAAUGUUACUGACCCGGUUGUGGCCAAACGGAUCUGCUUUUACAAAAGUGGAGACCCCCAAUUUAAUGGGGUCAAGAUGGUUGUUAAUAACAGAUCUUUCAAAUCCUUUGAUGCCUUGCUGGACAACUUGUCCAAAAGAGUCCCAUUGCCUUUUGGAGUGAGGACUAUCACUACACCACGAGGGAUACAUGGUAUCACUAACCUGGAAGACCUUGAAGAUGGGAAGUCAUACAUUUGCUCCCAACAGAAAAAAAUCAAACCCAUUAACUUGGAGAAGGCCAGUAAGAAGCCAUUGCCAUGGCAGAUCAGCAGGCCUGUCAGUGCUCGCCGCAAGGCUGUACAGCUAGCUAGAGAGGGUGAAGAUGGUGUGUUUCUGAGAGGAGGCAACAUUGGAAUCAGUACCCCUAAGAAGUUGCUUGUUUUCAGAAAUGGUGAUGUAAGAAUCCGGCGCACCAUUGUCUUAGGUAAAAAGAACACACAAAACUUUGAGGCAUUUCUGGACAACAUCAGUGAGCUAAUGCAGUAUCCAGUUGUGAAGCUAUAUACCACUGAUGGCAGAAAGGUCCCCAACCUUCAAGCUCUGAUACUGUGUUCUGGGGCUGUUGUGGCAGCAGGCAGAGAACCUUUUAGACCUGGGAAUUAUGAUCCUCAUAGGUAUUCGUUGCCUGGUAGACUACCAGGGGUCUCCAAUCGUGUAUAUCCCAAAACUAAUGCCAAGUCAGAGGGCAGAAAAAAUGUUAAAUGGAAAGUAACCGUUUUUACCAGUGACCAACCAUAUGCAGGUACAAGCUCACAAGUAUAUAUUACAUUGUAUGGGGACCAAAGUAAUUCAGGAGCCAUCUUUCUAUAUGGAGAGGCAAAAAGGGUAUUUGAAAGAAGUAAUGAAGAUACCUUCACUAUUCACACAGAAGAUGUAGGCGAUCUCAACAAAAUACGGAUAGGACACAAUAACUCUGGAGAAAGUCCUGCCUGGCAUUGCAAAGAGUUGCAGCUGCAGAAUCUCAUGACAGGCGAACAGUUUGAUUUUCCUGUUCACAGAUGGCUGGCACAAGACCAAGAUGAUGGUGAAAUCUGUAAGGAGCUUCCUGUUUUGCAACAGGGUCAGCCCCUUCUUCCAGUGGCAAUGUACGAGGUGCAUGUGGUAACAGGCAACCUGUGGAAUGCUGGAACUGAAGCUGAUGUUUACAUUUCUGUCUAUGGAGAAAAAGGUGACACAGGAUCCCGGCAGCUGAGGAGGUCAAAGAAACUGAGGAAAUUUUUAAAAGGACAAGCUGAUAUUUUCUCUCUUGAAGCUGUGCACCUCGGAAAGUUGCAUAAGAUUAUUAUAGGACACAAUGGACUUGGCUCAGGAAAUGGUUGGUUUCUGGAGAAAAUUGUAAUCAAGGAUCCCAUCACAAAUUCAGAUUAUAACUUUCUGUGCCACAGGUGGCUGGAUCAAGGAGAAGAUGAUGGCAACAUUUUCAGAGAACUACAUGUCAUUGAUAACACCACUUUUGCCAGGAGGCAAGAAAUAGAAAUCAAGAAAAAAGAAAUGUGGGAAGCAGAAAAGUGGAAAUAUCAGAAAGGGAACACACUUCAGUUUUACAGCAAGGUCACCCGUGGCUUUAUACGCCUUAGUCCAGAUGGAACAGUUGAUGCCCUUGGAGAUAAGAAGGACAAAUAUGGUCUUUUCGAUUUGACUCUGAAGAAGGGAAAUAUAUGUGUAUUUAAAUCUCAUCCAAUGUCGCAUCUAGCCCUUGCUCUUGUUCAUGGUUCUGUUGCUGGAAUGGACAACGGCGACAUCCACUGUGAGCUGCAGGUUCAUCUUCAGCCAAAUCGCUGCGCAGUUCUGGAAUCUGUCCGGAAUCUUGGGCAGACUGUUACAUUCAAUCUACAGGGCACAGUAGCUGAUGAUGCCACAGGUUAUGCAGGCCUAUCAAAGGAAUUUGUUGUUCAUGUCAAGGGAGUGUUUCACAACAGUGCCAUAAUUUUGCUCACUACCAGCCACUGCCAGUCUCUUUGCCUAAGGCCUGAUGGGAGCUGCAGUGGAGCAGGAAAUCGAUCUGAUGGCUCUUACUGGAGAGUGCAUAAAAUCAGCUCUGAGGUCUGCAUGUUUGAAAGUGUAAAAAACCCACAAAUGUAUCUGAGGAUCAAGGAUGGCCAGUGUAACGGAAGAGGCACAGGAGAUGUAGACUGUCAUUUUAAAGUGGAGAAGAAUUUAGAAAGUGGGGCAAUAAGCCUAGAAUCUGCACGAAACAGAGGAAUAUAUGUUGGCCUUUUGCCAGAUGGUCAGACCAGGCCUGUUGUUCAUACUGGAGAAAGCAGCAUUUUGUUUUACCCACAAGUUCUCAAAUUUGGUAGAGAAAAGCCUAUGGGAACAUCUGCAACUCCUGCCCAACAGGAAGAAGGAAUCAGAGAAUAUAAACAACUCCAAGCAGGAAAGCAGAAUCUAGUGAGCCCUGGUCAAACAGAUUCUUUUAUCUCAAAUGAUAAAUGGAAAGUAUCACUGCUGACGGGAAACUCAGGAACCCAAGCAAAUGUCAGUCUCUGGGUAUAUGGAGAUGAAGGAAUUGUUGGACCAAUAACUCUUGGCAAAGAAAACAGAGAACAACUGUUUCUACCUGGGAUGGAGAAUGAAUUUCAGGUUGAAAUGAAACAUACUGGACGCAUCUACAAAAUUCGAAUAGGGCAUGAUGAGACAAACAAACGUCAAGAAUGGAUGAUAGUGAAGGUAACACUACAACACUUAAAGAGUGGGAAAAUUCUGAACUUUCCAGCAAAUAAGUGGUUAUCAUGGAGUCAAGGGAAUGGAGAAACUCUAUGUGAACUUCCAGUAGAGGAAAAAGGACAGUGUCUUUAUCCAAUUCUGAGUUACCAUGUUUAUGUGUAUACGGGGCAUGUGGAAAAUGCUGAAACAGAUUCUGCAAUUUACUUGUGCAUAUUUGGAGAGAGAGGAGAUUCUGGCUUAAGGCUUCUUCAUGAAUCUGACAAGCCCAUAAAGUUUCAGAGAGGGAAGGUGGAUAUGUUUGAAAUCCAAGCUGUGUCUCUUGGAAAUCUAUGGAAGGUUCUGUUGUGCUGUAAGGCCAAUGACAAGUCUGAGUAUUGGUACUGUGAGAAAGUAAUCAUCAGAGAAGCUGGGAAAGGCUCAGAAUAUAUUUUCAGCUGUGAAAGGUGGCUGCCAUUUACGUCCCAAGGCAUAAUUAAUUCAGAAACAGAACUCUUCCUUCAAGAAACACAGAUAAAUAAUCACCUGAAAAUGCAAAAGGAAGAAAACGGAGAAGAUUGGAAAAUCACUAUAGUCACUGGAGAUUUCAAAACAGCUGGCACAACAGCAACGGUGUCCCUUUAUGCUUAUGGAGAAAACAAGGCUUCAGGUCCUCUUAUUCUGGGAUGUGGGAAACACCAGCUGUUUAAUCCCAAUAGUGUAGAUACAUUCAAGAUAAAUCUAAAAGAUGUUGGAGAAUUGUAUAAAAUACGGAUUGGUCAUGACAAUAGUGGAUUGGAUCCUAGUUGGUAUCUAGAGGAGAUGAGACUUCAAAAAGUGAACUCACAAUCAGAACAAGAAAUAUGUUUGUCUCUAGGCUGCUGGCUAGCUGAAGACCAAGAUGAUGGAGACACAUGGAGAGAAAUAGCAAUUAGGAGACCCAAGAAACCACUUCUACCAUUGGUGAUCUACGAGAUCCAUGUGUACACAGGUUCAAAGUCUGAUGCAGAAACAAAUGCUAAUGUAUACAUUACUCUUAUUGGAAGCAGAGGGGAUUCUGGGAAACGAAAACUUCAUAGAUCAAAGAACAAGAAAAUCAAGUUUCGGAGUAGUCAGAUUGAUGUGUUCUAUAUAAAGGCUGUUUCAGUUGGAAACCUGAAUAAAAUACUCAUUAGCCAUGAUGGAACUGGUCCAGGUAAUGGAUGGUUUCUUGACAAGAUCUUCAUUAAGUUUCAAGAAGGAGAAGAGGUAGUAGUCAUAUUUCCUUGUGAUAGAUGGCUAGAUGAGUACCAUGAUGAUGGGAAGACGGAGAGAGAACUAAUUGCCAUAAAAAAUAAUAAUGAACCAAAGGCACACACUAAAGGACAAUGGAGACUGCUAGUUAGGACUGCUCAAGAUUCCCCAGAGCCACUGCAGUGCAAGAGAACCCUUGUGAUUUAUGGCUCAAAGGGCAAAAGUGAUGAUCUUCUCCUUUCUUCACAAAGCUCAGGAUAUGUGUGUUUUCUACCAGGAGCAAUGGAUGAAUUCCUUUUUGAACCUGGAGAUGUUGGUGAGGUGUACAAGAUUCGGGUCACUUGUGAUGAUUUGCCAGACUUUAAGGGUUGGCAUUUGAAGUCUUUUCAGAUGGAAGAGCUGCACACUAAUCAGGAGGUGAACUUUGACUGCAGCUGCUGGUUUUCUCUUGGCCCAAAACACCAAGACUUGGUGAAAGAAUUCCCUGCAAUAAAUGAGAACCAGAAACCUUUACCAGUGCAUAAAUAUAUCAUCUCUAUACACACUGGAGACUGCUGGGGGUCAGAAACCUUUGCAAACCUCUAUAUAACACUUUAUGGAGAAAGGGGAGAUACAGGUGUUAGGAAACUGCAAAACUCUCUUGUGGCAGGAGAAAAAUAUCAAAGAAACAAGGUGGAUUCCUUUCUGGUGGAGGCUGUCUCCUUGAGCCAUUUGAAAAAAAUAGUUGUAGGACAUGAUGGAGAAGGGUAUGGAGCUGGAAUAUACCUGAAAAUGGUAACAGUGAGGAAGUCAGAGAACUCAGAUAAAGAAUGGCUCUUCCCAUGCUGGAGCUGGCUGGAUACUCAUAUAGGAAUCUGUGGCACAGUUUGUGACAUUAAAACUAUUGGUAAGAGAUUGUCAUCUUGCUCAAAACAUCCUCAAAUGAACAUGGAGUCUUCAGGGGUGUGGAUAAUGGACAUCAUUGGGUCUGAUGUGAGCACUGAAACUGAUCCUGUGCAGCUUACUUUCAGUUUUUAUGGAGACCUGGAUUGCAAAAAGUUGGUUCAUCAGAUUUCAGGAAAGGCAACACAACUCAAAGAUGAGCUGAGAAACAUUGGCUCCCUUUACAAGAUUCAAGUGUUUGCUCAACAAACUUCACUGAAAGAGCCCUGGCAUUUAGCUGUGCUACAUAUGAAACAUACAGACAGCAACCAGGAGAUGUGGUUAACUUUUGAUUGUUGUUUCAAACCCGAUGAAGAGAUAUGUGUUGAAUUGCCAACAUUCUCUGCAGACCAGGAUCCUUUGCCUGUUGUGGAAUAUUCCAUUCAUAUGCACACUGGAGACAGAAAGAAAGCUGAUGCCAGUGGAAAUGUUUAUCUUUGCAUUCAAGGAGAGAAGGGUGACUCUGGGAAACGAUGGCUUAACAACUCAAGAAGCCCAAUCAUGUUUGCUAGAGGGCAGGUGGACAUUUUCAAAAUCCAAGCAGUAUAUCUUGGGAAGCUGAAUCAAGUCCUUUUAGGGUUUAAGAGUCUGAAAAAAGAUGAUUGGUUCCUAGAAAAGAUUGUCAUAAAAGAUGGAAGCUAUCCUUUUACCACAUAUACCUUUAUUCAGAAUGAUUGGAUCAAUAAACAUUCAAAGAAAGAUUUUAUAGAACUUGCCAUUCCACUGCAAGAAACAAUUACACCAUCUUGUCUAGUGAAAGAUUUUGAUGCUAAAAGCCAAGGUCAAUGGAGAAUGUGGAUGGACUGUACUCACAUUCCACAAAAAGUGCCUGAUAUACAUGUUUUUGUGUAUGGAACUGAUGGGAAAUCCAUUGCGCAGAAAGUCAAGAAUUUAACAAAUGAACCAUUUUUGUUGAGUGUUGGGGAUGUUGGCUGCAUAACAAAGAUUUCCUUUAUGCUAUUGAACCCAAGUUUGAAUAAAGGAAUUAAACUUCUGAAGCUUCGUAUGAAAGACUUGGACACUAAAGAAGAGCUGGGCUUUCACCCUGUAAACCGAUGGCUCUUUGAAGAAGAUGGGUCAGAGACUGUGACAGAGCUAGCAGCAGUCAGACCAGAUGAAGCACCUCUUAAGGAAGUUACUUACUCAAUCAGGGUUCACACAGGAACAUUACCGGCCUCAGAAACAGAUGCGGACAUCUUCUUGACAAUAUUUGGAGAAAAUGGAGACUCUUCCAAAAGGAGACUGGCAAAUUCAAAGUCAUGUGCAUAUUUUGGAAAGGGUCAGAUGUGUAUAUUCAGUGUUCAGGCAAUUGAUUUAGGGAUGUUAAGCAAACUUCUUGUUGAACACAAUCAAUUUGGUUAUGGAGCCGGCUGGUACCUCAACAAGAUCUCUGUUCAAGAAACAGAGAAAAAUGAUGGCACCUAUGUGUUCUCAUGCCAACAAUGGCUGGACAGUGGAAUUGGCAAUGGAAAGAUGAAGCAAGAACUGCAACUUCUUGGGAAAAUCAGAAAAGAGGGGCUGGCGGGAAAUGUUCAUGGAACCUGGGAUGUUAGUAUUAUAACCAGGGACACUUCAAGCAAUACCAUAAACCCAAGGCUGACUCUGUCAGCCUGUGAUGACAAAGGUGCGUGUGCUUCAGUCUGCAUUCCCAAAGGAUUAUUGAAGAGGACUGACGCAUAUCAGGCAUCACUAGACUGGGAUAAGAAGGCUGGCGUGAUAUGCAAAGUUCGCUUGGAAGUAGAAGAAAUAGGUGGGGAGACCUGGCAUUGCCGUGAGGUGAAGCUCCAGCACAGAAAAAGUAAAGAAAGUCUUGAUUUCCCAUGUCUCCGACAGUUUUCAGAUCAGUACACAAUGGCUGAAUUUCCAGUUCUAACAGCUGACUACAAUUGUUUAACAGUGAAACAGUUUGUUCUGCACAUUUGGACAAACUCAUCCCCAGAUUCGGGAACAGAUGCAGAUGUAUAUGUCACUUUGAGAGGAUCAAUGGGAGACACAGGCAAGAGAAAAUUGCCUAGAAAUGGAGCAGAUGUUUUCACUAAGGGGAAGGUGGAUAUUUUUCAAGUGGAAGCAGUAGAUAUUGGGACAGUGCAUGAGCUUGUUGUGGAAAAAGGGAAAGGUUCUGAUUGGCACCUUGAGAAGAUUGUUGUGACAGAGUCCACAUUAGAAGGAAAGGAACUACUGUUUAUGGCUCAAACAUGGCUAAGAGACAGAACAGAUAAGAAAAAGCUUGCCUCAGUAACCCUGAAUGUAACAGAAAUACAAGAAAAGAAAAGCAAGACUUCCUCGCUGUUACGAAAUCAACAAAUGAAAUCAGAAGGUUCAUGGAAGAUUUACUUCACCAAAUGUCACGAAGAAUCAUCAGAUGAAUUUGAAAAAUCUUGGGAAAAUAUUUCUAAACUGGUCAUGAUAUUUUAUGGAACGAAUGGCAAAUCUGAACAAAUUUUCUUGGACAGUGAAAGAGGAGAUCAAGCUAAGAAUCAAAUAACAUAUAAUGUACAUUUCCCAUCGGACCUUGGGAUACUCUAUAAAGUGAGACUUGGGCUUCAUCACUUGGGAGAAAGCAUAUCCCAUUUGUCUCUUCAUCACUGUAAAAUACAACACACAGUAACCCUGGAUACCUUUACCAUCUCUAUAAAUAAAACACUUCCUCUUCUUAAUGGAGACCGAUGGAUUGAGCUCCCUGUAGAGUGGCCAUUAAGGGAAGCACUUUCUGUGGUUACAUAUCAUGUUAAAAUAGUCUUUGAUGACUUUUUGAGCAAAAUAAACUUGGUAUCUCUUGCUCUGUGUGUAUAUGGAGACAAUGGAGAUACUGGAGACAGACCUCUUUUGUUGUCAUUACCACCUGCGGUCCAGCAAGGAAAAGCAAAUGAGUUAUUUACAGGUCAGAUAGAUGCUGUGGACCUUGGAGAACUGCACAAAAUUGCUCUUCUUAUCAGAAGCAAAUCAUCCUGUAAACUGGGUAUUAGAGCAUUACACUUGAAGGAAGCUCCAAAGCAAGAUCCUGUCUAUAUAUUUGAAGUGAAUGAAACAUUCCUUUUGGAUGCCAAUGAACCUGAAAUAAAGAGAGAAAUCCCUCUCUCUUUGAUUACCAAGGAUGAAGGUGAACAGGAAAAUCUGGAAGAAUACAUUGUUAAAGUAUACACAGGUGAUAAGAGAGGAGCAGGAACCGAUGCCAAUGUGCAUAUAAUCUUGUUUGGAGACAAGGAUUCAUCUCAGUUAAUUGAGCUCAGUAAAUCACUUGAUCAUCGAGAUCCCUUUGAAAGAGGAAAGACUGACACUUUCAAAAUUAAGACAAAGAAUGUUGGGAGGUUGCAGAAAAUUGAAAUUGGACAUGAUGGGAAAGGAUUUGGAAGUGGUUGGUUUCUGGAAAAAUUAGAAAUCACAGAUGUGGCUACAAGUGAACAGUACUGCUUCAGUUGCAAUAGGUGGCUGGCUGAAGAUGAAGGUGAUGGACACACGGUAGUGCACCUGUAUGUGUAAUAUUUUUUCUGGGAAUCCUGCUUAAGAUGCUUCCCCCUCAACUUCGAACUCAAGUGGUUUUAUAAAAGAACUGUAAUUAUCUCAAGAAUAAAUAUCAAAACAAUGUAUCACAUUUAAAAACUCAAGUGAAUAUUUAAAAAUCUUGAAUACCUUUGCAUAAAUACAGAAUAAAACAAAGAUUUAAUA